GGAGCUGUUAGUGAGGCAUCUCGAGUGAUGGUAGCAUCACGUAACUAUGCAGACUUUGCAAAUGAAGCUACGUUUGAAAUUAAGAAAUGUGACCUCCAUCGCCUGGAAGAAGGCCCUAGUACCACAGCAGUGAUGACUCGAGAGGAGGGGCUCCAUUACUACAAGACCAUGCAGACCAUACGACGCAUGGAGUUAAAGUCUGACCAGCUGUACAAGCAGAAGAUCAUCCGUGGCUUCUGUCACUUAUAUGAUGGUCAGGAGGCUUGCUGUGUAGGGCUUGAAGUUGCCAUAAAGCCUACAGACCACGUGAUAACAGCUUACAGAGCUCAUGGCUUUACCUAUGCACGAGGAGUGCCUGUUCGAGAAAUUCUCGCUGAACUUACAGGGCGAAAAGGAGGAUGUGUGAAGGGAAAAGGAGGAUCAAUGCAUAUGUAUACCAAAAACUUCUAUGGUGGCAAUGGUAUUGUUGGUGCUCAGGUUCCUCUUGGAGCUGGGAUUGCGCUGGCCUGUAAAUACUUUGGUAAAAAUGAAGUCUGUCUCACACUGUAUGGGGAUGGUGCAGCCAAUCAGGGCCAGAUAUUUGAAACGUACAAUAUGGCUGCCUUAUGGAAGUUGCCUUGUAUUUUUAUCUGUGAGAACAAUCGGUAUGGAAUGGGAACUUCGGUUGAAAGAGCUGCAGCCAGUACUGACUACUACAAGAGAGGAGACUUCAUUCCAGGGCUGAGGGUGGAUGGAAUGGAUGUUCUCUGUGUUCGAGAAGCGGCAAAGUUUGCAGCUGAG